AUGGCUGCGAUAUCGGCCGGAGGCGUCGUGGUGCGCCAAGGCCACCUGCGGAAGCUGAAGACGAUGAAGAAGAAAUAUUUUGUGCUGCGGGCAGAAACUGGGGACUGUUCUGCGCGCUUAGAGUACUAUGAAUCAGAGAAGAAGUUUCGUGCUGGGGCAGCACCACGUCGUGUUCUACCCUUGAAGAGCUGCUAUAAUAUAACUAGGAGGUUGGACUUGAAGCAGAAGCAUGUGAUUGCUCUGUUUACAAGGGAAGAGCAGCUGUGUAUUGUUGCAGAGAAUGAGCAGGACCUACAUGCAUGGCUGACUGCUAUCCUCAAACUUCACCGCUCUGAUGAUGCUAGUGAUGAAUUGCUCCACCCUAUUCAGCACGUGUGGCAGGUGAACGUGCAGAAGAAGGGCCUCGGUGCCUCGAAAAGCAUCCAGGGUCUGUACAACCUCUGCCUCACGGACAAGACCCUAACCCUCGUGAAGAUCAAGAGCCACAACAACAUAAUCAGCGACCUCGGCAUACCAGAGCGGGUGGAGUACUCGUUGAAAAACAUCAGGAGGUGCGGCGACUCCGAAUGCUUCUUCUACAUGGAGGUGGGGCGGCAGACGGCGACAGGUGCCGGCGAGUUGUGGAUGCACUCCGACGACUCGAAUAUCGCACAGAGCAUGCACUCCACGAUAUACCACGCGAUGAGAAACUGUGCGAAAGAGACGGAGAACGAGAAGGACCACAUUGUCCUCAGCAAGGGUUCGCUGCUCGACGGAACGAACCCGCUACCCGCCCGGCGGCAGACCUACUCCGACGGCCGCGGCAGGGCGGGCCUGUACAACGACAAGGGCCUGUGCGUUGGCUCGUGUAUAAGACAGUGCGUCUGCCCAAACGCCACCUACUCCAUUGACGACUCGGCGGCCGCCGUCGCUCCCCUGUCUCCGAGGAAUGGUACGCAUCACGCGGAACGGACACGUCUUAGUUUGGCAGAAGUCUUG